AUGCCGGAGAUGACUCAAAAUGAGACUUCUACUAAAACCAGACACAGGUAAGCUAAAAGCUUCGCCACCUCCCCUCGCUAGCUUCAACCAAAGUCGCCACCUCCCCUCGCUAGCUUCACCCAAAGUCGCCACCUCCCCUCGCUAGCUUCACCCAAAGUCGCCACCUCCCCUCGCUAGCUUCAACCAAAGUCGCCACCUCCCCUCGCUAGCUUCACCCAAAGUCACCACCUCCCCUCGCUGGCUUCACCCAAAGUCGCCACCUCCCCUCGCUAGCUUCACCCAAAGUCGCCACCUCCCUUCGCUAGCUUCACCCAAAGUCGCCACCUCCCCUCGCUGGCUUCAACCACCUGCCCACAAGUAACUAGAGUGAGUUACCGAAGUUCAGCCCGAGGGCACAAUGUAUCUGCCUUGCAGUGAUUUUGGAAGCAUUUGUUACAAUAUUUAUUUCAAUAAUAUCUGAGGGUUUUUUUCCUCUUUGUUCCAGGAAGAAAAACAGGGAGAGUCACAAUGAGGGUGAGCAGGACUGUUUAUUUUUUUUCUCAAAUCUUUUAAUAAAUAGACAACACUGGAAAAAUAAAAUAUAUAUCGAUGUCAUUAACAAAUCUGGAAACCGCUGUGUUGAGCAGAUGACUCUGCGUACUCCAACAUAAGAAGAAAUUGACCUCAAUAUCUUGAAAGCAAGUGCAUUGUUGUACGUGCCUUUAUUUGCUCUAUAGAGUCUGUUUUAUUGCAGACACGAUAUAGCCAUAAUCCUAUUCAUUUGUUUGGUUCCUUUAUUAUAUGAUGUUGUGUUGUUCACAGUUAAAGGCACCUUAUGAGCACCUAAGCAACUUUAGCUUAAUGGAGUGGCAACUGCUCAAUUCUCUGACUUUUAAUCAGAGAAAUCAGUUUUUUUAUGCAGCCCUACUCACACCUCCAUGCAUGUGACUUAUACAGUCUCCCUAAACACUUCCUGUAUAUAGAGACUUAAUGUUUAAACUUUGUUUAUUUCACAGUCUGUUUAAUAUCAAACUUCUCACAUCCUGCUCUGGUAAUAGCCAGCAGGAGCAUUCUGUGUGUGAUUAAAGUUGAAUUGAUAGGGCAGGAGGUAACAACUUCUGUAGUAAACACACAUUGCUGUAACAUUUGAUUAAAAGUGAAACCAUUUUAUUCAUGCAGACUGGGUGAGUCACAGCCAGGGGAGGUGUGAAUAGAGCUGCAUAAACAGAAACAAAGUGAUUUAACUCCUAAAUGGCAGUGAAUUGAGCAGUGAAUCUUCAGGGGCAUGUUCUAUACACCUAAACUGCUUCAUUAAGCUAAAGUUGUUCUGGUGCUUAGUAGCGUUGCUGUUUUUAACAUAGUGCAAUUGUUUUUGUUCUGUGACCCCCUGCUCCUGUUUUAUACCCUGCUCUAUGUGCUUUGUCCUUAGCUGUCAUUCCCUACCACACAUACCCUCCUGUAUUCCAGUAACAAAUUCCAAGAUUGUUACAUUUUGAAAGAACUGGGGGUGCUUAUCUUUUCUAUUUCUGUUGAAUUUGUUUUUGUGUCAGUUACCUUUUUCAUUUUUCCCCUUUAGUGGAGAGACAUCGAAAGAAAAAGAUAAACUCUGGAAUAAAUCGCAUUGGUGACCUCAUCCCAUGUUCUCCCGCAUUGAAGCAGGUAUAUGCCCGGCUUUCUAACUAAUUGAAAUAGUGUACCAGUCUCUAUUCUAGAGCUCUACAGACAGUGAUUAAACAGGAACCAGUUGAAAUAAGAUUAUACACAAACAAAGAGAUUAAAACCCGAAUAAAAAACAGCCCAAACUAAGUUGGACAUAAAACAAAUAUUACAGUUGUUCCCAAAGUUACAUUCAAAAUUGUCAGUCUAUACUUCAAGUAAAACAUUUUUAAUAUAUAAAUUGUCUCAUAUAUCUCAUAUAUCUCGUAGAAAAAUGUAAAGUUACAACAAGCAGGUUGUUAUAAUAUGUAAAAUUGAUUGACAGCAAUAUAAAGAUUAAUGGUAUAUGUAUUAUUAUUAUUAUUAUUAUUAUUAUUAUUAUUUUAUUAUUUAUAUAGCGCCAACAAAUUCCGUAGCGCUGUACAAUGGGUGGACUAACAGACACAUAAUUGAGAUCAGACCACUGGACGUACAGGAACAGAGGGGGUUGAGGGCCCUGCUCGAUGAGCUUACAUGCUAGAGGGAGUGGGGUAUAGUGACACAAAGGGUUAAAGUAGGCUUGACAUUUUUCUUUAAACCAUCAAGCAAACGCCUUUAAACAAAUACAAACUGAAUGAAAGCAAUAAAAAAUUCAAAAGGAGACCAUAAAUGUUUAUACAUUUAAUAUACACUGUCAGUUUGCUGUGUCUGAGCAAGGGGAUAUUCUUCACCCCCCCCCAUCCCAUGCUAUGCUCUGUAUGGUUUCAAUCUGCAGUCUUAAUAUUGAUACCUGUAAUCCAUCCCCAUUUUUUUGUCUCCAUAUAUUAUAUCCAGUGGAAUUGUACUUGCUGUCCCCGGGUGGGCUAACAUUGAUCAAGCUAGAUAAGCUUUUAAUAUCCCUGAAAAAUCUAUGUGAUACCUAUUACCGCAACAUUUAACCAGACUCUUGUUGCACUUACACUAAUGCUUAUUUGGUGCUUUCAUUAUGGUACAUUUAACCAUUGUGACCAACAUGCAAGGGAGUUACAUUUUAUCCAAAUCAAAACUUCUGCCUAUUACUCAUGCUAGAACUGACACUGAACACAUUGCAGCAAUCAUCUGAUAUCUUUGACUUUACUGCCACCAAAAGGAUAUAAUUCGAAAUUGCUAAUAUUAAAGGAACACUAUAGGAUCAGGAACCCAAACCUGUAUUCCUGACCACAUAGUGUUAAAAACACAUUCUGCCACUUCCCCCAAAUAUAGUAAAAAUCUCACCCUUAUUUCAGUUUGAUGCUGCUGGCUCUGUCCCUGAUCUGCCUGUUUGGCUGACAUCAUCAGAAGUGAUUCUCUCAGCCAAUCACAAUGCUUUAGAAUGAGCAUAAGAUUUAAUCAAUACAUUGUGCUAGCAGUUUUGCAAGCAAAUGUAUAGACUCUGUUACAAAACAAUAUAAAAAUAUUUUUUUCUUCUGGCUAUCAGUCAGCGCCGAGGCAUUGCUGACAAGGGAGAGCUGAAAAGUCCUUCUUCUCUCCACCCAUAUCAACCACAGCGCAAGCACUGUGGUUGCCAUGGAAACUCUGUAGCCAGUGCUGGCUACGGCAUAUAGGAAUGGAAGGAUGAUGUGCCAUCCCUGUUCCGACGCUCUCACGCUUGUAACGAACCCAACAUGCCGAUGUCACUGACUAGAUUUGCCCUGCUUGGGGAUCUGUCCCAAGCAGGGCGAAUCAAAGACUUUGUGAGGAGGAUCGCCAGAAGGGGUGAAUGUUGCAUUGAGAGUAACACCCAUGAAGAUGGAGGCGGUGGAACAGAGGAAUAGUGAGUCAAUCUCUGUAUUUUACAUUGAAUACACCAUGUAUCUUUGUGAUAUAUGGUGUAUUUAAUGUAUAUGCGAGCAAUUUCAGGUAAGUACAUUUUUUCAUAACAGCUUCACUUUAAAAUAAAUUUGUUUCUGUUAGUUUCCUUAUAACCAAGAACACCAUUCUUGUGUAAUUUAUAUUUCUGUCUUUUUUGCGCCAGAGUAAGAAUAUGAUCUUGGAGCAGGCCUUCAAAUAUAUUACUGAACUCAAGAGGCAAAACGAUGAACUCCUCCUCAAUGGUGGGGACAAAGAGCAAGGUGGGCAUAAUAUUGGUCUGUCUGCCCAUCUAGAGGCUCACUGAGCCACAUGUUUCUUCUACACACCCAUUAGCAUCACAAAAGGCCAGACACACAGGGCAUUUGUAUCAAGAUCAAAGCAUUUUAUUUACACAAAGUAUUUGCUUAAAUAUUUAAAUAUUAAUGCUUAUAGAUGUUGAACUUGGUGGUCAGCUAUACAUUGUUUGUUCCUUUCAUUGGUGUGGGUACUCUAGUAAAGCAGACUCACAUGACUUGGAUAUUUUUCGAUUUUGUUACACUUUACUUUACUCUUUACUUGUGCUAUUCUUUUGCCUUAUCACCUUGUUUUUCCUGAUUGAUAUGUUUUGUAUAUGUUAUAUUGCAUUAAUAAACCUGAAUUAGCAUUCUCGGUGACAUUGGUGUGAACUGUAUAUACUAGAGUAUAAGUCGAGACCCCAAAAAACUGGGAAAACUUAUUGACUCGAGUAUAAGACUAGGGUGGGAAAUGCAGCAGCUACUGGUAAAUUUCUAAAUAAAAUUUAGAUCCCCCAAAAAUUAUAUUAAUUGAAUAUUUAUUUACUGUGUGUGUGUAUGAGUGCAGUGUAUGUGUAUGAGUGCAGUGUAUGUGUGUAUGAAUGCAGUGUGUGUGUGUGAUGCAGAGCCUUGGUGGGGGGGUGGGCAAUUUUUUAUUUUUUUAUUUCAAUGUUAUAAAAUUUUUCUUAUUUUAUUGUUAUUUAAAUUUGUAUUUAUAUUUUUUUUUUUGUCCCCCCUCCCUGGUUAUUAGCUGGCCAGGGAGGGGGGCUCUCAUUCCCUGGUGGUCCAGUGGAUGGGCUUUGUAGGAGGGAGGCUGGCAGAGAGCUGUAACUUACCUUUCCUGCAGCUCCUGUCAGCUCCCUUCUCUCCUCCGGUCUGGUCAGCUCCCUUCUCCUCCACUGCAAGUCUCGUUCUGACCCCGCGGCUCUCGCGAGACUUACAGUGGAGGAGAAGGGAGCUUACCGGACCGGAGGAGAGAAGGGAGCUGACAGGAGCUGCAGGAAAGCUAAGUUACAGCUCUUUGCCAGCCGGGCUUGUAAUGAGCCCGGCGGUCCUUGUCUGUAUUAUGGAAAUGUAAGUUGCCAUAAUACAGACAUUGACUCGAGUAUAAGUCGAGUUGGGGUUUUUCAGCACAAAAAAAUGUGCUGAAAAACUCAACUUACACUCGAGUAUAUACAGUAUCUUUGUUUGUACACUUCUUUACUUUGCCAUGUCAGGUGCUUGUACAGUUGCUCCUGAUGUCCAUAGACUGGUUCUGACGAGUCAUUCACUGAAAGUGUGAUACAAGGACAGUGCAAGGGAAUUACAGGUACUCUAUAGGAAAUAUCUCAGUAAUCAUCCUAUGGGUAUAUUCCUAUAUAUCUCAGUAAUCAUAGAAACAUAGAAUGUGACGGCAGAUAAGAACCAUUCGGCCCAUCUAGUCUGCCCAAUUUUCUAAAUACUUUCAUUAGUCCCUAGCCUUAUCUUAAAGUUAGGAUAGCCUUAUGCCUAUCCCACGCAUGCUUAAACUCCUUUACUGUGUUAACCUCUACCACUUCAGCUGGAAGGCUAUUCCAUGCAUCCACUACCCUCUCAGUAAAGUAAUACUUCCUGAUAUUAUUUUUAAACCUUUGUCCCUCUAAUUUAAGACUAUGUCCUCUUGUUGUGGUAGUCUCCUCCUUUACUGUGUUGAUUCCCUUUAUAUAUUUAAAUGUUUCUAUCAUAUCCCCCCGUCUCAUCUUUCCUCCAAGCUAUACAUGUUAAGAUCCUUUAACCUUUCCUGGUAAGUUUUAUCCUGCAAUCCAUGAACCAGUUUAGUAGCCCUUCUCUGAACCCUCUCUAAGGUAUCAAUAUCCUUCUGAAGAUACGGUCUCCAGUACUGGAUACAAUACUCCAAGUGAGGUCUCACCAGUGUUCUGUACAAUGGCAUGAGCACUUCCCUCUUUCUACUGCUAAUACCUCUCCCUAUACAACCAAGCAUUCUGCUAGCAUUUCCUGCUGCUCUAUUACAUUGUCUGCCUACCUUUAAGUCAUCAGAAAUAAUCACCCUAAAUCCCUUUCUUCAUAUGUUGAGGUUAGGACUCUAUCAAAUAUUCCGUACUCUGCCCUUGGGUUUUUACAUCCAAGAUGCAUUAUCUUGCACUUAUCCACAUUAAAUGUCAGUUGCCACAAUUCUGACCAUUUUUCUAGUUUACCUAAAUCAUUUGUCAUUUGGCUUAUCCCUCCUGGAACAUCAACCCUGAUACAUAUCUUAGUAUCAUCAGCAAAAAGACAUACCUUACCAUCAAGACCUUCUGCGAUAUCACUAAUAAAAAUAUUAAAGAGAAUGGGUCCAAGUACAGAUCCCUGAGGUACCCCACUUGUGACAAGUCCAAGCUUCGAAUAUAUUCCAUUAACUAUAACCCUCUGUUGCCUGUCACUCAGCCACUGCCUUACCCAUUCAACAAUAUUUGAAUCCAAACUUAAAGAUUGCAGUUUAUUGAUAAGCCUUCUAUGUGCAAUAGUGUCAAAAGCCUUACUGAAAUCUAGGUAAGCAAUGUCUACUGCACCACCCUGAUCUAUAAUUUUAGUUACCCAUCAUCCUAUGGGUACUCUAUUUGGAAUAUCUCAGUAAUUCUCCAACGGGUACUCUAUAGGGAAUAUCUUAGUAAUCAUCCUAUGGGUACUCUAUAGGGAAUAUCUCAUUAGUCAUCCUAUGGGUACUCUGUAUGGAAUAUCUCAGUAAUUCUCCUAUGGGUACUCUAUAGGGAAUAUCUCAUUAAUCAUCCUAUGGGUACUCUAUAUGGAAUAUCUCAGUAAUUCUCCUACAGGUACUCUAUAGGGAAUAUCUCAUUAAUCAUCCUAUGGGUACUCUAUAGGAAAUAUCUCAGUAAUUCUCCUACAGGUACUCUAUAGAGAAUAUCUCAGUAAUUCUCCUAUGGGUACUCCAUAGGGAAUAUCUCAUUAAUCAUCCUAUGGGUACUCUAUAGGAAAUAUCUCAGUAAUUCUCCUACAGGUACUCUAUAGAGAAUAUCUCAGUAAUUCUGCUAUAGGUACUCUAUAGGGAAUUUCUCAGUAAUUAUCCUAUGGGUACUCUUCUUUACAUAAUUCUCAAGGAGCAUAAGUUUUCAGUGUCCACACUCAAAUGAUCAUCCCUUAAACAAAAAUACUGGGGGUUCUUGAGAACUGCUUUGAGAAGCACUGUAAUGGAGAUUGUGUUUUAGAUGGCUAUAUACUUCAUUUUUUUUUUAAAAUAGAUGUUUGUAGAAAGGAGUUUUCAUUUUAAUGCAUUAAUUAAUAUUAGGAUAAGGAUGAUAAUUCACCAGAUUGUUUGGAAUAUUUCUUUGUGAUCUUUUCUUAUUUUUGUAAUUUUCUUUUUCUUCUUUUUUUUUUAGCUUGCGAAAUCAAAAAGCUUAGGAAGGAACUGGCGGAGCUCCAGAAAGAGAAUUCUCGAUACAUAGAACUUCUGAAGAGUAAUGACAUCUGUCUGUAUGAUGACCCAACUCUGCAUUGGAAAGGGAAAGCGCGUAACUCCAAGACUUCCUUGGUGGCUUCUCCAGAUCAAGUCCAGAAGCUCCCCCUCUGCUUAAAUAGCAGCCAACUGAGUUCCGCCAACCAGGGGUCCACUGUGCAUGGGAUCACUUUCAACGUGAGUCAGAAUCUACAGAAGCAGACUGCGAAUGUUGUUCCAGUGCAAAGGACAUGUAACUUGGUAACACCCAUCACAAUUUCUGGUGUCUACCCUUUAGAAAACAAAACCUGGCAACAAAGUGCAGUGAUUGCAUCCACAUCCAGUCAGCACAUACCACUGUGUCUUCCUGUCGUCACUUCAGCUCCAAAUACUAAUGAUGUCCCUGCAUCCAAGGGUCAGCCGAAUGUUGUUUUCCCUGUAAGCACUGCAUCUGCUCUUUCUUUCCUAAAUGGUUCUACAAGCCAGUUUCAGUGCUCUUCCAGCCAAACAUCACAAGAGUCCAACACUGGUGAAAAUAUGGUUGCACAGCCCCUGGUCUCUUUACCCAACAAUGCUUCAUCGACCUGCAGCAGCCUUCCAUCAAGCCUUCUGCCGCUGGUUUCGGAAGUAUCACAGGCCUCUGUGUCUGCAAUAAGUUUACAGGAGCCGUUAAAUCUUCUCCAGGGGAGGUAUUCUGGAGUCACUAGCUGUUCUGAAACUGUAAAAGAUGUAGUCCAGGAGAUUUUCCCCAAUAUUGAUAUUGAUUCUAGCCCUGAAGUAACAGUCUCAUCAAUAACAUCCACCCUGGGAAAUCAAGCUGCAUCUGCUACAAACUUAUUGACGUCAAGUCCUCUGGAAAAUAGCUGGUCACUUCCUAUAACUUUAUCUUCUCCUGAAUUGAAAAACGUUAGUAGCUUAACACGGAUUUCUUCCGAUGGAAAUACACAAACCACAUGGACAACAUUGCAGUUAGCAGGGAAUACCAUACAGCCAUUAAGCCAGACAUCUUCCACAGUUAUUCCCAUGUUGUUAACUGAGCAACAAACAUGCUCUAAAGAUGCCAAUAGUAACAAACUAAUAGCAGCAUCUGUAAACCUGAAUACUUCAGAAGGCAGAUCUGUUGAGGUGAUGAAAAUCCCACCUGGCUUGCAAGUACCAGCGCAGACGAUCCACUCCCAGUCGCAAAGUGCACCUAACCUACUCCCUCUGAAUCCUCCUGUUCAAGUAAUUCAGGUGGCUCAGCCUGUCAGACCUGCUCUAAACCCAGUCCCAGCCAAUCAGAACAUCAUAUUGCUUCAGCCUCCAGCAGCAGCUCCUUGUCCACCUGUCUUACGGACCGAUGUUCCCAAGCCAGGGGUGGGGCAACAAAUUGUUAUUAUUCAAGCAUCUCCAAACCAAACUCCUCUUCCUUUAAUGUCUGCUCAGCCAGCCCCAUCUGUAGUGUUGCCUCUUAAUGCAGGAAGCCAUGUUGUGUGUCCAACAAACACUGUGCAAAAUGCUGUUGCCCCCCAGACAUUUGGUGGAAAGCAUCUUGUUCAUAUAUUACCAAGACCUACACCAGUCCCAUCAACUAGCCCCGUGCAGUCUGUUCCUGUCUCUACAGUCUCCUCAAACCAGCAGCCACCAACAAUCUCCUUGAAUGGACAUUUGUUUGCUCUUCAACCAGUGACUCUGUCAACUGGUACAGCCAAUCAAACCCCAAUGCAGAUUAUCCAACCUACCACCAGUGAGGAUCCCAACACGAAUGUGGCUCUCAACACUUUUGGUGCUUUGGCCAACCUUAGCCAGAGCAUAUCCCAGAUGGCAGGUCAAAGCUGCUUACAAUUUACUCUCAACCCCCCUGCACCUUCGUUAACGGGAGCUAAUGUUCCUGUUAAUUGUGUUCCUGUGACAGGGACCAGCACGGCUGUAGUAACCACAGAAAGUACAAAAAGUUUGCCAGUCACUUCCAGCCCAACAAACCUUUUCCCUGGAAAAAACGCUGGAGGAUCGCCUUCAAAUGUGAAACCAAAGAAGACCAUAAAGAAGCCCAGUACUAAAAAAUCUUCUAAAAAGGAGAUCUUGAUAUCCAAUAAAUCCAAUUCUUUCGGUGCAGAAUCUUUGAAUGAGCAGUCAAAUGGAGAUAAUCUUGAACAACUGGAAAGUACGUCUGUUUUGGUAAAUACUACCAGUACUGUGCAAGAGAAACUUGAUUCGGUAGGUAAUGAAGUCGUCCCCUUGGAAGCAAUAAAUUCCAGUGGGGAGACCUGUAUGCUUUCUAAUUCUGUCUCAGGGGAGCAGUUUUCGGGAGAGUUUGCUGGCUGCAGAGAUCUUCCCAGUGCAGAUGUUUGUUUAAAUCAGGAUGAUCACAUUACGCCUUCAGAGCCUCCAGAAUCAUUUAAGGCUUGUGCUGUAACUACUGUAUCCUCCAUACUUCCGACUGCUCAGAUGCAAGAGUCUUCUGCUACCACAGUAUCUGCAGAUCAAACUGUACUAACCACAGGCACGAUUGCUGAUGCUGUUGAUGUUUCCAAAGCUUGUGUUCUCCAAGAAGACUCUUCAAGUUUAACUGCUACCGAUCUCCUGGAAGUCCAGAUUCUGGCAGAUGAUCCAAAAGGAAGAUCUCCUUCUCCAAAGGUAGCAACUAAAGAAGUUCUUCAUUCUGGACUGUUUUACAGAAAGGUUAAAUCAAAAGAAGUUACAUCUGCUGAACAUGCAAAGGAAGACCCUCUACUUGUGAACACCCCAGCAAGUCAUGGUACACAGCAUCAGCCUUGUGUUUCUGUGCAAGAAAUAGUGGCUAGUGGUUCUUGUGUUACUAAUAGACAAACUGAUUCUCCUCUUUCCACCAGCUCUGGAAGUAGCCGUAACUUUUCUGUUGCAUCAAUGUUGCCAGAUGUCAGUCGAGAAGAUGUUACUAGUGGUACAAUGACCUCAUCAUUCAAUGGUUGUUCUUUUACAGAACAAAAUGAUAUUGUCGCUGUGGCUGCAAGAGUUAUUUUUGACCAGGAAAACCUCCCCAAAGGAAGGGCAAGAAUUCAGACAGAGGUUAGAAGUGAUGUUUCUAGGGUUGCUGAUUCUGAAAUUUCAGCAGGGGAUUGCAGGCACCCUUACAAGUCACAUAUGGCAAAAGAAAACCUUGCUGUUCAUUCAACAUCUAGUACUUUUAAUUCUCUAGAUUCGAGUACACACCCUGGUGUAAGUCAGCUAUCAGAGAAAACCAAUUGCCCUGUGAAAAUUAACACAAAUCUUUCUCUGCAAAUUUCCACAUCUCAAUCCCAAAGUAUGACGAGUUUAAGCAUAAAUAAUUUAAUACACCAAUCUGGCAUGAACUCAAAUGUUAACCAUGCCAAUAUUGCCCAGACGUCUACAACUUCGAAUACACCUGCCACACUCUCUAGCACCUACAAAAACCAAACACUAGUGUCUUCUGUCAUGGCGUCAGAGUUCUCUCAGGAGCAGCUGCAUACUAUAAGGGCCACCGUCAUGCAGGUGACUCGUGCCAACGAUUCCACUUUAAAACACGGUGAGACCAGGAAAGAGUCAAACAAGCGUUGUGCCCAAGAGGACAGCUUGAUUUCGGCAGCCAAGAGACAAAAACAGUGUCAAGCAUCUGUGAGACAUGAAAGGUUGCAGGCUCAAGAGAAUCUCUCUGAACAAAAUGUAGUCUUGGUUAGCCAUGUGCCUUCAAUUCCUUCCUCGUCUUUGUCCUCAAGUAACCAGGGACAUGGAGAUGGACUCGCCACUCUGUUCCCAUCAAGUAGUAACUUUAACACAAACCUACGUCAGACAGAUAUGCGUUGCAGUUCUCUACCUGCCGUUUCAGAACAGAGUCAGAUGGGUGUUCAGCAGCUCCACUCUUUACAGCAUACAUCUAAUCCGAUAUCCCUCUUACAUAGCAACCAGUACCUAAAGCAACAGCAGGCCAGUCAUUUAAGGGAGCAGCAUCACCAUUAUCAACAGCAGCAUCAUAUUUCGCACUCUGACACCACUAUCCAUUCUCAGUCUCACAAUGUGCAGCAGCAGCAAAGGCUCCUGCAGCAUGAUGUGCAGAUACAGAAGAAAAGAGGACCUGUGCAAGGUGGCCAGGCUACGAGGCUGUCUUUACAGCAGGAUCAUCACCUCUCUGAGCAGAAUCGUCAAAAGGGCGGUCAACAACAUCCUCACCACCAGCAGUUGCCUCCUCACUUUGGGUCUUCACAGGUUGAAAAAGCCUGUGAUAAUAAUGCGCCAAGUCGAAACCAUCAUGGCAGUCACCCCCCGAGCCACGUAAGUCAGGAAAUACUUCACCAGCAUCAACAGGAUGUUGGCAGCAGACAGCAAGGGUCGGUGGUGUCAUCAGAGCAUUUAUCUGGACACAACCAGGUACAGAGACUUAUGACUUCAAGGAGUUUAGAACAACAAAUGGUCUCCCAGGCAAGUGUAGUUUCCAGACCCACCAAUAUGACGUGCACCCCACACAGGCAGGAGAGGAAUAGAGUUUCCAGCUAUUCUGCUGAAGCACUGAUAGGCAAGAGCACAUCAAACUCAGAGCAAAGAAUGGGAAUUACAAAUCAGUCGUCCAGGCUACCCGAUCAGCUGGAAAUGAGGAAAUACUUGGAUAUUUCCAGAAAUAAAGGUUUAUCAGUUCACAACCUACAAGGGCACAUGUCCUUAGACCACAAUGUUAACACGGAGACUGGUCAGAGACUCCCUGAUUGUCAAACCUUCAAAACGGCCAGUUCCUCUCAGCAGCAAUCCGGAGUCUUUGAGGUACAGACUUCAAGAAAUAAUGACGCUAAUGCGGUUACUUCUAUGAGAGGCAUGCAAUCACAAGCUUACAGAAUCAAUCACAAUCCUAAUUCAUCCAUCGAUCGGCAAAAGCAUUUACCAUAUCAGCCGGUGCAGGAUGGUCCAAUUACAAACACUCUUCCGAAUCGAGACAAUGAAAAUUCAUGUCAUCAGAGCUUCAUGCAGAGCUUGUUAGCCCCACAUAUUGGAGAACAGGUUAGUGUGAGUCAGAGAUCAAUAUCAGGUCAUCAAAGAUCACAAUAUAAUUCAUCUUCCGGAAUUGAAUACACCUGUCCUCCUUCCACACGUGAAAGUGUCCACCUCCGAAGAGAGAAUGAUGGGCCAAACAGGGAAAGCUGUGAUUUGGCAAUGGGACAAGUGACUUCUAGAAACAAUUCUUUAAGUAUCCCUUUCUCUAGUUCCUCGUCAUCAGGAGAUAUUCAAAACCGAAACACAAGCCCUCAUCCUUCGUUGCAGAAGUCUGCCAUGCGGCCACCUGAUAGUCAAGGAACAAAGAAUCACUUGAAUAUUCAAGUUUCUAUAAACAUGCAUGGAGUGGUUCAUCCUCCUGUGCCUCAUCAGCCAGUGUCCCAUGGAAAUGUUGACCAGAGGCAAAUUGUCAGACAAGGUAAUCCUCCAAUAGCUCAACGUUCAAGACACCCUUUGCAAGAUGAGGCAGACUCUAAGGUCCGUCAGCCUGAAAGAACUCGUACCGGAAACCAAAGGCACGGCAAUAUGUUUGACCCUACUCUGCCUCACCUUCCGCUAGCUGGCCCUGGCGCUAUGAUUCUUGGACGCCAACAGUCUGUAACUGAGAAGAGGACUGGCAUUGUUAGAUUCAUGCCAGACAGUUCUCAAAUGACCACUGACAAUCCAAAUCCUGACCAGCAUUCACUGACUCAAAAUUUUGGAUUCCCGUUUAUUCCUGAAGGUACAAUGAACCCACCAAUAAAUACAAACCCAUCGUUCAUGCCUCCAGUCACACAGGCCACUGCCACUCGCACACCUGCCUUAAUACCGGUGGAUCCGCAAAAUACAAUACCUUCUUUUUAUCCUUCUUAUUCACCAGCUCAUCCAAGUUUAGCCAAUGAUCUUACCAUCCCUUAUUUCCCAAACCAAAUGUUCUCAAACCCCAGCACAGAAAAACCCAGCAGCACAAGUUUAAACAAUCGAUUUGGAUCCAUACUAUCUCCUCCACGGCCUGUUGGCUUCUCCCAGACUACGUUCCCUCUUCUUCCAGACAUGACUCCAAUGCACAUGACCAACCCAUCGCACCUGUCCAACUUUAACCUAACCUCCCUCUUUCCAGAAAUUGCCACUGCACUCCCUGCAGAUGGAUCGGCCAUGUCACCUUUACUGCCCCUAUCUCACUCAUCAAACUCAGACUCUUCUAAACAGUCCUCAAAUCGUCCUGCACACAACAUAAGCCAUAUACUGGGUCACGACUCCAGCUCGACUGUUUAA